AUGGGAAUACUCCUUCAAGAGUGGAGAGCUGCUAUUGAUUCAGAGGCAAGAAACUCUAACAACUCGAAACUGAUCUUGACAGCACAGAUUCCAUAUUCACCAUCUGUUUCUUCAACAAGUUACCCUAUUCAGACGAUGCAAAAACAUUUGGAUUGGGUCCAUGUUGUGUCUGAAGAUUACACCACUCCUCUCAAGACAGUCCUUACAAGAGCUCAUGCAGCUCUGUAUGACCCAAGUAAUUUACGCAACAGGGAUGCUGGUAUAAGAGAAUGGAUCGAUCGAGGAUUAUCAGCUAAUAAACUGGUUUUGAACUUGCCUUUCUAUGGCUAUUCAUGGACGCUCGAGAAUCCUGUGAACAAUGGUGUUGGUGCACCAGCAACGGGACCUGCCAUUUCAACGGACGGAUACCUGACCUACAAGCAAAUAAAAUAUUACAUCAAGCAAUAUGCUCCUGACGUUCGUGUAAGGUACAACUCAACUUAUGUGGUGAAUUAG